AGCAUUGUGGGUAAAUUUGCCAUUUGUUUUCACUGGAGACCAAAAUGCAGCUAAUUCGUCACUGUUUUCCGUUUAAUUGCUAAAGUACAUUGCGUAACAAAGUUAUAUGAUUUGAAACCGACAACGAUUUUACAUACUGACACCAACAAAAAAUGGAUUCUCCCGAGGGCAAGAGUGCUGAUGCCAAAAGUACAACAAGUAGAACAUCUAUUAAUGUGAAACUUCCAUCAGCCCAGGCUGCUGAUGAGCAAAGGAAGAAAGCUGGCAGUCCCGGGGCUUCCUUGAAAAAAACACAAGCCCAUUUACAGUAUGAAGCAAGAAAGUCACCCUCUGCAUCUCAGCUGAGAGGAGACUUUGUUGCUACCCUUGAGGGACAGGAGUUUGGGCAGUAUAGACACAUUACGACCACACCUAUCAGUUCUAGGGAGGGAGACCACCAUAGGAGCCCUACCCCAGGCAAACAUCUUAGACAACCAGUCUUGACAGAGAAAGAAAUGAUUCGGCAUGCUGCAGCCUCUAUUAUAGAGAAAGCAUGGAUUGGUUACAGGGAUAGACAGAUGUUUAAACUUCUCAAACAUGCAGUCUGUGCUGCUGAGAAUUCCCUGUCUCAAGAAAUUCUGCGAAAGGUAGCACCUAAAGAGGCAGAAUUUCUAAGUGAUAAAUUUUGUCAGAUCCGAGUGAGGUUCAGGUUUGGAGGGGGAGAAUUCCCACCAAUGAUUUUCUUCAAAGUGUUCUUGCAUUCUGAUGGUAAAGGAGUUAAAUACCUCAGUGGAAAGCGGGUGAUCAAACCUGCAACUGGUGCAGCAGAGGAUUCCCUGAAGUUGAUGGGCAAUCGGCAGUUCUAUGAACAGAUGCUGCAGGACGCAAUGUUUCAAAAACGUUACAAGAUAACGGAUGAAAUAGACGUUACCACACUAAAAGAUUAUAUGCAAUACUUAACAAACGUAGAUGAAUCUCCAGCAAAGAUGGGAGGCAAAGAGAAUUACUGGAGAAAGCUAACACUUGAUGUUUUACCUCGGUACACGAUAUUCUAUGAUAUAGUUGAUUUCUUAUUUAAUCAACGGAUGACCCCUAGAUUACGAGAGGAAAUUCCACUGCUAGUCACACGACCUUUGACCCAAGACAUACAGAUACAGCAUAUUCGAGCGGUCUCUGAAAUGAGGAGUCCUGAUGUACCAAUGCCUACACCAAAGUCAAAGAUGUCUGGUAUACAAAGUCAGGUGUCGGGUCGAAGGUCAAAGCAGGCUCGCGUAAGAGCAAUGAAAAUGCGUAAAAUGUAUGGUUUAGAUAGGCAAGAACUGGCACUGACUAUAAGGUUACCUCUGAUAAAGGAGGACAUGUUGGACUCUCGAGGACAGACGGCUGUAUCUGAGGAACCUGAGGACUAUUUUGACAAGUACGGGAUCACGGGCGAGUACGGUGAUGAAGGCGAGCAGUGGGAGAGGGAAGCAAGAAAACUUUAUGAGUGGACUCAAGAACUUUCUUUUAAUGAUGACUUAAUUGGAACUCCAAGACUGAUCUCUGGAAAUAUUUCUUGAUAAAAGUUCCUUUUUUCAUUGAAAAGAAAACUGUGAUAAAGUGUCUACUGUUGCUUGACUUUUUUUUACACAGAUUAUCAUAUCACAUUGGGUUUUUUUAUUUGUAAAGGUUUCUGACUUUAACAUGGAUUGUUCAUUAAAGUCUUCACCUAGGACAGCUGGAACAACUCAUUCUGGAGGAGCUUAAGACAUGUGUCAUAUUUUCAUUUUCUUGUAUUUCUUGUGUUUACAAACUGUUUAUGUUAGAUAUUGUCGGGGACUUAUUUUCUGGGAUUAUAAAAUGUUUGAAAAGUUAUCCAUAUUAAGAAAGUCAAAAGUUUUUAAACAUUUCUAAGACCAAGCUGAAAUUAUUAAAUGUAUGUAUAAAAUAUUCUUUACACCACAACAAUCACAUGGUUGCAUGUUCAUAUUUGAAAAAGUUUUCAAGUACAAAUUUGCUAUUUUUUCAAACAGGAGAUUUGUUGUGUUUUCAGCAUAUAUAUAGGUAGGUUGAAUUAAAAUGCAUGACAUGGUACAAUAUAUUUCAAUGUGCAUGUGCGUAGUAAAAGAAUUUUGGCGCCUAUGUUUUAUGAUAUGUCUAUGAUAUAUUUUUACAUAAAAAUAACUUUUUUAAUAGCACUGUUACUGUUUUGUUAUGCAUUUAUAUUCUUAUUUAUAUUACAUGUUUUGUAUGAAAUGAGUUAAUAAAUAUUUUGAAAUGUC